AUGAACUUACCUCAGUGCGAGGGUGGUCUGUACUGGCAGCCAAACAUCCACUACAUCCCGGCCUCCAUCAAGUUCGGGGACAACGGAGAGGUGAUUGUGACCGGAGGGCCACCAGAAAAUGCCAAGGCUGGUCGGUUCCGACCGAUGAAGCAGCAGCGGGAACGGGCCAACCGUAGCAGUGGUAGUGCCUCGUGGUGCCUCGUGGGAAAAUCUACAGCAGCUCGAAGCAAGAUACAUGUUCAUCCUUGGUGA